AUGCACGGUCACCCAAUGCGCCUCAUGGAAAGGCGUUGGUAUCCAAAAACCUAUAACUAUACAGCUGCCGGUGGGUCCCAAAUAGUGAGUGGCUAUAUGGGCAGAGCCUUCGCUGAGUAUGCACGCGUUUUCAAUGUCACGCUGGAGUAUCCAUUUGCUAAUCCGAAAAGACCGCUUUAUCAUUUUGAAGUACGCGGCGCUCUUAAAAAUGGCAGCGCAGAUGUUGGCUUACUUUCCCGUAUCGAAGUUGAUGAUAUUAAAUUGAGGUCAACAAUAGUUCUGCACCGUUCAGACAUUUGCUUGAUGGUACCCCUUGAAAAACCAUUGCCGCCAUUUGCUUUUUUUAGCCAAAUAAUGGAUACCUAUGUCACUUACAUGCUCUGCUUCAGCUUGAUACUAAUCUCGUGCGUUUGGGCUGUCGUGUCCCGCUGGAAGGAUCAGCGGCAGCCAUUAUUCAUCGAAUAUUUUAUAAAUAUCUCGGUCCUACAGGGACUAUUGGGUAUGACAUUUUGGUUGAAAAGGCAACUUUCAAGGAGUCAGAAGUAUAUUUGCAUUACCAUUUCAUUUGCGGGUAUCAUAUUUGGUACCGCCUACAAUGCAUACUUACAAAGUUUUACUGUAAACGCACCCUUAGAACCGGAAAUGAAAACUAUUGAGGACGUCCUAAAUCGUGGCAUUAAGAUAGCUGUGGGCACAAGCGAUAUAUAUUGGAUAAGCCACUAUACAAAUAUGUCUAUGUAUAUUAAGAACUUAACAAUUUUUACCAACUACACAGAGAUGUUAUUGUUGCGGAACUCAUUUGACACACGCUAUGCAUUUGUGGUCUCUGAUAUGUGGUCCAUAUACAACGAGCAACAGAAAUACUUCUUAAAGCCUAAAUUUCGCACUUCUGAUAUUUGCAUUGAAAAGGAUGCGCAAUUGGUGUUGCCUUUGCCGGUAAAUUCGGUUUAUCGCGCAACUUUGAACAAAUUAUUUUUGACACUGCAGGAAGCUGGGCUUAUAAACUUUUGGCUACGUCACAGCUUUGUAGAGUUGACGGCGAUGAAAGUAAUUAAAUUGGAGGAUUCCAAUAAAAAGCCUGGUUUCGAGCCAAUGAAGUUGGAGGACUUGCGCAUGAUAUUCAUUGGAAUGAGUAUAUUGAUGUCGUUGAGUAUAUUCGUUUUCGUAUUGGAACUCUGCUGGGAGAAAAUUAGAAAAUUUGGACGUUCAACUGUUUCUGCUCUAAAAUUAAUUUGGAAUUUGGUGAAAAUUCCAUAUUGA